AUGAAGCUGACAUGGUUUGUUUCUUCAAUUUGUUCUGGAGUUGUCGCAAAAAGACAACCAUUAUUGUCAUCCGACACGUUGAAAAAUAAUAACGGUGGCUCAUAUUAUGAUAUAAAGAAAAAAUCGGGCCGUCCUACAAGCCCUGAUAAAACCCAUCACGAAUAUCCUUACAAACCAGAUACUAUUACACGUCAUCAACGCGCGCUUUCUACCCCUCUUGCUUUUGCAUCAGACUUUGAUCAUAAACAACAUUACAAGCAGCACCAUCAUCACACUAUAGAUCCCUCUUCCUCCUCAUCAAAUGCUCUUGAUAGCGAACACAUAAAUUUAAUAUUGGAUACAAUCAAUGAACAUAUCCUCUUGUGUGAUUAUUCAACUGCAACUUUCCCACGUAAUUUGGAUUGUUUUGUUAGCCCAUUACGUAAAUCACAUUUGGAUAAGUUUAAACCAAUUGUGAUUCUUUCACCAACAAGACCUACAACAAGUCAAUGGAAAAUUUUAAGUCAAUUUGAUCAAGUAUAUUUUGUUCAAGGAAAUCCAAUGACACGAGAAGGCCUUGAACUCGGUAGAGUCAGAUUUGCAAAUAAGGCUGUUAUAUUAACUGAUUCCACUAGAAUUUUAAAGGAUGGGGAAAAGACUGAAGACGCGCCAGCAAUGUUGGUUUACUUGAACAUUAAGGCAAUGUCUAACGAGGGAGACAUUGAUGUGAUUGUGGAGUUUGUACAUACAAAUAAUAUGAAUUUUAUAUCAGAAGACACAUCAGUUAUAGACAAGAAUAUGCAAGGUUCACAAUAUGGAUCAAUGUUUCAUUUCUUAUUGGGCGAGAAAAGAGCUAUUCCUUUGGGUCUAUAUCGUACCAAUAAAUUUAUAACACCAAAUGGUAAAACCAAAUAUUCUAAAUAUGUAUAUACUUGUCCCAGAUAUAAUGUAAUGUUGAGAGAUGAUGAUAAAGUUUUUGUGUUGAGCAAACGGAUUCCAUCUAUAUUGUAA